AUGUCAAUAAGUGAUAAAUUCUGUGAAUUUAUCAUUCACAAAAUAUUUUCCUACCUAAGUUAUGAAGAUGCAGCCAAUUCAAGUCUUAUAUCUAAAAUAUGGCAACAAGCAUGGUUGACUCAACCUAAUUUGAAGUUCAAAGUUGAGUAUGGCAAAGGAAAUAAUAAUAGAAAAAUAGUUGAGAAAAUUAUGGAGAGAUAUAAGGAUGAAAAAUAUCCAAUUGACAAGUUUGAACUUGAUAUUACAUCUUCUCCUUAUCAUCAUGCACUUGCUUUUCCUCGAAUUGAUAACUGGCUCGACACUGCUCUUCAGAAUGGUGUAAAAGAUGUGGUAUGUGAAGUUAAUGUUCCUUCAUACCCAUUCCCUAUUUCCGCAUUCUUGAUAUCAAAAUCUUUAAGAGAAUUGGUUCUAACGGGUUGUGAUAUAAUGAGUCUUUUGUUAUCUACUAGUCCUAUGAAUUGUCAUUCUUUGAGAAAGCUUUCUUUGUGUGAUGUUCGUUUAGAUCACCACGUUCUUCAGACUCUACUUAAUUGUUGCCCCUUGAUUUCCGAUUUGGAGAUUAAGAAUUGUUCUUUAUUGACAAAGAUUGAGUUGAGGAAUCUACAAAACAUCAAGUCGUUUCAUAUUUCACCAACUGAUGAAACCCUAAGUGUUAAAAUUCAAGCACCAUCUCUAGAGCACUUGUCGAUUUUCGAGCAAAUUGUUGCAUUUGAUAUCAUUGAAUGUCAAAAUCUAAAAUCUUUAGAACUAUCACUUUUGUCCAUAUCUCAAGAAUCUCUCGAGAACCUUAUUUAUACAUCCCAAAACCUCGAGAGCUUGAUAUUAUAUUACGUUUCUGGAGAGUUAAAUGAAAGAUUCAACAUUCGUAGUAGUCCAUCCCUAAAGGUUUUGAGGAUUGAGGGUUGUAACGACAUAGGGGAGAUUGAUGCUUCGAAUUUGGUAUCGUUUGAGUAUGAUGGAGAUGGAAUUCCCGAUCUUAAAAUUGUAAACGAGUCUCUUCAACUGAAGAAAUCGCAAGCAUGUCUUAGUUGUUACAGUAAUUCUACUGACGUGGAAUGGUUUUGUAAGAUGAAGAAGUUUCUAUCAAACUUGACCUCUUGGUCUCAAGUUUCCCUUCAUAUCGGUGAAUGCAAUGACAUUAACUUGAUAGAUUUGGAGUCACACCCUAGGGUUGCUAUCCCUAAAGUGCUUGUUUUAGAUAUAUAUAUGAGAUAUAUUGAUGUAAGCACGUGUACUAAUUUUGUGGAUGCUUUGCUAUGGAGUUGUCAUCCCAAGAUACUUAACCUAGUUUCCUCGAUUGAAACAAUUAUAUGUUUCUUGGAUCGUUUAACGUACCUGAAGAAUUCGAGUCAUUCUACUUUUGAUGGAAGCGUGUUUUGGCAUAGUUAUCGAUUAAAAGAAGUAAAAGCUUUCAAAUAUAUCGCGGAAAAUGAGCAUGUUGAAGUUGAUAGAGAAGAUUUGGCUAUGAUGACACGAACUGAGAUGAGUAAAUCUUUUUUCCUAUUAGAUUGGUGA